AUGGAUUUUCGGCCACCCGGCGAGCCGCCGCCGCGCAUCCGCCACCGUCGCCACGCGAGCUUGAGCCGGGUGACACUCGGCCCCGCGACACUCGAUGAGCUGCGGGCAAGGGAAGAUCUCGAGCUUCGCGCCACCCGCAUGCUGGGAGAGUGGCUACGUGUACGAGCCGCCACCUUGGAGGUUCCUAUGGUUUCUCCCGUGGCUACGACCGCACCGGGAGACGCUUCAGCAUCCGCAGCCCCAGUGGCAGCUACGCAGCCAUCGGCGAACGGCCCUUGCGACCGGGAGACCCACGCUGAGGUGCCGCUUCCCCCCUCGGACGACGAGGAGAUGGACCUGUCCACUUCUCGGAAGCGCGCCCGCGAGAGCGAGGACGAUGAACCCGCCGGGCCACGGAAGCAGCCGUCGAGCGUUCCCUCCCGCUCGGAACAGCCAACAGUGGACGACGACCAGCACAGCGCCAUCUCCCAACACCCGGGGGAAACACCUGCUACCCUCUCCCUGCCGGACACGCAAAUCGGAGCACCCUCCGAGCCAGCGGAAAGGGAGCAGACCGCGCCACCUGCAGAAAGCUCGAGCGCCAUCUCUCCGCAUCCCGCCGAACUGGCCGACGCCUCCUUCGAGCCCCCUCCGAGUGAGGGCGCGCCCGACUCCCCCCUCGUUGCGCCGACUGCUCCGAAUGGCGACGCGCGCCCGGCUGCGUCGUCUGCUAGCGCGCCAGCUGCAGACGAAAGCUCUACCGAAGCUAUGGAGCUGACGCACGAAGCACCCGCCAGCGCGUCCCAACAGAAGCCACAACACCCGGCGGCGCGUUUCCUGAGGGGCCCACCACGCCAGCCUGCUUCACGGCCGAAGCGCAAAGGAAAAAAAAACAAGCGAAGGAGGGAGCCAGCUGCCGGUUCGCCUCCAUCCCGCGACAACUCGGACGAGUCGCGGCACUCACCCGCUCCCCCGGCCAGCCACAGCGUUCCUGCUCUGGCUGUACGAGGAGAGAUGCCACCCGCCCGCGAGACAGCCACAGAUGGCUUCAUUCUCGUGCAGUCGAGGGGCGACAGGCGGCGCACAAAAGCACUCGAGACGGCUGCACUGCCGGUGGACCCUGCGGUAGUCGGCACCGUGCUGUUCCGCCCUUCGACACCCGGCGGAGCUUUCCAGGGAACACCGCGCCUCACACUUGCUGCGGCCCUCUCUUCACGGCCGGGGGUGGCAGCGGUUCGCGUCAACCACAGGCGCAACAUUGUGGCCGCUGACACCACCACCCAGCAGUGCUUAGAGGGGCUGCUCAAGCUCACCGAGCUGCACGCAAUCCCCGUGACUGCCCGACUACCGGCCGAGCGGGGAAAGAGCACUGGCUUCCUGCACGGGGUGAGCGGACUGCCUGCGGACACGGAGCUGCUGGGGGCGAUCGAGUCCGACGUUCCUGUGCUGUCGGCCACGUUGGACGGGAGCACCGUUACAAUCCGGUUCGCGGGACCGGUCCCCCCUGAGCAUGUACGCGUCUGCAAGCUCGGCUUCAGAGUAAGGCCAGCGAGGCCCCGCCCAGUACAGUGCAGGCAGUGCGGCCGCUUCGGACACGUCCCGGAAUCCUGCCGGUGGCCGAGCGACUGCAUCUCCUGCGGCAAAAAACAUGCAGCGAGCGACUCCUGCGAGACCAUCCGCUGCAGGAACUGCGGGGGCCCCCACAGGGCGGACACUCCUGCCUGCCCCAAAUGGCAGGAAGAGAGGAGGGUGGCCACAAUCCUCGCUUCCUCCACCACGGCACUCUCGAGGCGAGCUGUGAGGGCGGCCGUACGGGAGGAGAAGCAGCAGGAGUUGCCAACACUGGUACAGUCUUAUGCCAGUGCACUGAAGGGCCCCAGCCCCACAGCAACACCUCCAGUACCAGCCCCCCGUACGACCCGCCGCCGGGACACGCGGGACCCUGCUGCCACACCUGGCCAGCCUACCGUGGAUCAGCUGGUAGCGAACCUGCUACUUACCAUGCGGUGGCCUCCCAGCAGCCGCCACACCAUCAUGGCUAGUCGCACUCCUAAGGGUCGGCCACGCAUCCUGCAGUGGAACUGUAACCACCUGCUGCGCCGACACGCCGAGCUCGUCGCCCAGCUACCUCUGCACGCCUAUGAUGUCCUCGCCUUUCAGGAAACAUACGUGCGUGCAGAGGAGGUUCCACUGCCAGGCUACAUCGGCUACAGCAGUGCGAGCGAGUGCGCAUUGACAGGCUGUACUUCGGCGCCUUGCUGCGAGAGGAGCCACCCGCACGAGCGUCCCCGUGUCGCCUUGUACAUCCGCGCCGCUCUCCCACACGUUCUGAUCGACACAACCCAGCUGUGUAGUUCUGUGGUGGAGUGCGUGGCCGCUACUGUGCGCGUACAGGGCACCGACACCUCCGUCGCGUCCGUGUACGUCCGCCCCAAUCGCACCGACCGGCGCCAACAGUACGACCCCGACUUUCUCGCGCGCCUAACCGCAUCGCUCUCGUCGGACUGUGUUGUGUGCGGGGAUUUUAACGCUCACCACCGCGGCUGGGGGAGUGCUACAUCUGACCAGAGGGGAAGGGCUCUUUUCGAUGCCGCGUCAUCACUGGGCCUCUCCAUUCUCAACAGUGGAAAGCUCACGUUCGUGCGCCGCAGUGGGGUAACGUCAGCGAUCGAUCUGGCACUUGUCUCGGAGCGCUGCUCAUAUGUGUGGCAGCGCGCUCCGGACACUGCCGGCUCGGAUCAUUACCCCAUCACUCUGGCUCCCACCUCUCCCAGCCGCGGUGUCACUCGUGUGUGCGUAGUGGUGCGCUGGUCAAAGUACCGCGAUCUGUGCCGCGAGUGGUCGCGCGACACCGAUUUCUUCGGACACGUUGCAGAAUGUGCGAGGCGGGCAUCGACGAGAGCGGUGGUCCCUGCCGGUUCUCCCUGCCCGGACAUUAAGCUACUGAACCUGCGUGCCGCCCGCCGCCGCGCUCAGCACCGUGCCGUACGCUCGGGUAUCGCGUCCGACUGGACUGUGUACAACAGACUGGACGCAGUGUGCCGACGACACGCGAAGCGGCUGCGCCGCCGCAGCUGGGCACGACUCUGCUCGUCGCUUGCUGACCCGCGCAACCAGCACCGAGGGUGGCGCGUCAUGCGCGCGCUCGUGAACCCGAAAUCUCCUCGCUGGCCAGUCCUCGCGAUCGCUGUUGCGCGCGGCAUCACCGAGAUGGCGCUCGCGGAACUCCUCGCCGACUCGUUCGCUACCAUCGCCGUCUCCACCUCACCCGGCGUCCCUGCGGUUGCAUUGCGGGCGCUCUACACGGCUGUGUUCGUGAGAGGGGAAGAUCGCGCGCAUACCGCGCGGGUGAUUGACAGCCUGUGCAGCGACGACUUCACCUUUCACGAGCAGCAGCGCGUCCUGUGCCGCAGGCGGCGCCGCAGCGCACCCGGAGCAGACGGUGUCACACACCAAAUGCUCCGAAACCUGGACGACGACCACCGCCGGCAUCUCCUGGACGCGUACAACACCGUCUUCCGAGAGGGCUGCCUGCCGGACCCUUGGCGCUGUGCUGUCGUUGUACCAGUACUGAAGCGCGGCAAGCCUGCACGCGACCUCACCUCCUACCGGCCUGUCUCGCUGACGUCGGUACCGGGGAAAACCAUGGAGACGAUGGCGCUGUCGAGGCUGCAGUGGAUCGCGCGAGUACGCGGUGCCCUUCCGUCCGAGCAGUGCGGCUUCCGUGCGCACCGGUCUACUGGCGACUGCAUCGCUGUUGUUGUGGGCACACUGGAGCAGGCCAGGCACGCGGGAGAAGCUGCCUUCCUCCUCCUCCUCGAUGUGCGCAGCGCCUUUGACUCGCUCCCGCACGAGUCGAUCAUCUCGGCUGUGGAGGCCCUCGGCGUGGUCGGCAACCUACUCGCCUACGUCAAGGCCUUCCUCGCUAACAGGACGUUCGCCGUUCGCGUUGGCCGCGCAACCAGCUCGCCACGACCAGUGACCACCGGCGUGCCACAGGGUAGUGUGUUGAGCCCCUUCCUGUUUAACCUCACCCUCGCUCCCAUCAUCGAGUGCUUGCCGAAAGCUGGUCGCUUCCCCGUGCGUGCGGUUGUAUACGCGGACGACGUCGCCCUCUACGUGCGGGGGCCGAGGACUGCCAUUGCUGAGAUGCGCCGCGAGCUGCAGGAGGCCGUCGACUCUGUCGCCGGCUUUCUACGUGCCAUUGGAUUACAGCUAUCGUCAACCAAGAGCGAGGCGUUCAUGGUGCACCCUCACGCUGCCACACGCCGCUACACCGGCCGCGUACUCGUCGACGGUGUUCCACUGUGUUGGCAGCCGACCGUGCGAUACCUUGGCCUGACAAUAGACCAUCGCCUCACUUGGCGUACGGCUGUGCGGCGCCUACGAGCCGAAACACUUCGCAUUGAGUGCGCGAUCCGCCGCCUGCUCGCGCGCGGUGACGGCAGCCCCCCGUCGUUCGCGGUCAGUAUGUACGGUGCGCUGGCGCUCUCGCGUGUGCUUUACGCGCUGCCGCUGUGUGGUGUGCGCGAUUCGCAGUGGCGCAACAUCGACGGCGACCACCGCAGAGUGCUACGGAUGUGCCAUGGCCUCCCACGAGCAUCACGAGUCGCGGAGACGCUUGCGGAAACCGGCGCUUGGCCUCCCUCACUGACGGCCGACCUCCGUGCGCUCGGCCACAUCGAGCGCCUCUCCAGUGCCCCCGACGCGAGCCCUAUCCUGUUGCAGCUGCGGCAGCUCCCCGCAUCCAGAGUGGGCAAAAUGCUGCAGCUCUUUGAGGAAAUUGUGACUGACCCGCCGGCUCCACCACCAGACUGGCCGCCUCCGAGCCUCGCCGCGCCCCUGGACGUGUGCCUCGAACUGCCAGGCGUCCGCUCCAAGCACCGCACGCCUCUCUGCGCCAUCAUGCAGGAGGCUGCAGCGAGGAUACAGGACGACCUGGCAGGGAGAGCGCACCUAUACACGGAUGGCUCGGUACUCGAGGACGGCUCCGCGGCUGCUGCCUGCUUCGGCCCGAACCUCGCCAUCGAAAGCCUGUGCCGCCUGCCCUGCCGAGCCAACUCCACCAUCGCUGAGCUCGUGGGCAUAGACCUGGCUGCGGACGCGCUCGAGCAAUCGCCGCAUAUCGCCCGCGCAGCCAUCCUCACCGACUCGAGGCCCGCCCUGCAGCAGCUGCUCCUGGAGGAGCGCGCCCCACUACUAGCCCAGCGUGUUGCGUGCAGACUCCACGCCUUGCAGCAGCGAGGACUGGACCUACGACUACAGUGGGUGCCCUCACACCGCGGUUGA